UUAGCCUGUCUGUGUGUCCAGGGGUCUCCAGAUCUAUAAAUCUAUAGCAAGGCUGCGGUUCCCUCGCCUUCGCAUCUCUCUUACAGAGCUGCUCAGCCGUGGAGUACCAGCAUGGGUAGCAGCUCGCCGCCAUCGUCCGGCGUACCAGGAGGGGCAACAGGAGGCGGAGGUUUCAAGAUGAAGACAACCGCCAGCAGUGGCGGAGGUCAGAAAAGCCAUUCGCGCUUCAUCCCCGAAGCCGAGCGAGGUUGGUCUACUCCCCCAUCUUCGACACCAAAGAGGGCCGGCUCGUUUUCUAUCCCCAGGCUGCCCGCGAUGCCCGCGAUGCAAAUGCGGUGGCCUGUCACUGGGUCGCCAAAAAAGAAGGCAGACAAAGCUCUGGCGCCGGAGGCAGGAGGCUUGCCUGCUGUCCGUACCAUGGACCUGAGUGAGGGAGACGAAAGGAGCGAUGGCGACGAUGACACUGAGGGGUUGCAGAGGUUCGUCACCGCUGGGCAAGGGUCUCUGCAGAGAUUGAGAACGACGUCGGACCCCUCCUCUCCCGGUCCUGGGGUCGGUGUUUCGGCGAGACCAAAGGGCCUGCGAGGCGACGACGACGAAGAUGGAGACGCCCGGAGAAAGUCAGUGGACAUUGCACGAGAUGAUAGUCAAGAGCUGGCCGCGCCCAUCCUCUACGACGUCGAUCCUCGGCCGGGUCUGCCAAGCAGUUUGCACUCGAGAUCUUCUUCGGUUCAGAUGAGGAGGCCCAAGCUGGAGCCGGCGCCCUCAUCUUCCAAGUACCCCGCCCGUGGUUUCGCAUGGCGGAGCAGCAAACGUCAUCACGAUGGCGACGAAGCAGACGAGGGAGAGCAAGCGGACGAGCAAGAUACGGGCUUUGUCAAGCCCUCGCACCGCAAUCCAACGGCGACGCAGGCAUUCUACGACACGCACUUUGGCGCCUCAUCGGGUUGGAGAUCUGUCCAGGGCCUGGCCGACCCAGUCUUUCAUCCUUUUGAGAGCGUGAAGAGGAGCGGUCUGCUGGGCAAAUGGACAGGGACCGUACCAGAGGACGGCGAGACAGAUAGAGGCAAGCGGAGGAGUGACAUUUUUGCGGGCUGGGCAGCCCUGCCGAGCCUUGGUCUCUUUGCUUCCUCUGGAUCCAAGGAGGACCUGCAGCAGGGUAUUGCCCCCUCGUCGAGAGCCCGCUCUGAGAUGCAGCAACAGCAGCAGCAGCAGCAGCAGUCAAAGAUGUCGAAUGGGACAGGCGACGCCUACGAGCCCGAAUUGAUCCCAACAGUUCAUCGCGACCCCAAUAGUCACAGCUACUUCCGCAAUCUCGAUAGCAACGUCGUCAUCAUGGGCGGCUAUCGCGGCUCGGUGCUGCGGGAUGCAGAGACAAAGCAAAUGAUGUGGGUCCCUCUUAAGGUCGGCGUCGGCCUGCGGAGGCCCACGCUGGAGCUCGGUCUCGAAAUUGCCGACGAGGACGAGGCCGAGAGCCUCGUUGUGCCGGGCGACAUGCUGAGCGGCAUUGGCCACAUGGUGGACAUGGGCAGGCGACUCCGAGAGCGGUGCCAGCACGGUCUGGAAAAGGCAAGAAAGAAGCGUGCUGAUGAUGUUAAGCACGCUGACGUGUACUCGUGGGGCUACGACUGGAGAUUGAGCUUGGGCAGAGCCAGCGAGCAGCUCCAGGCUUUCCUCCUGAAGCUGUGGGAGGAGAGCGCGCCCGAGGAAGAGAAUCGACGGGGCGCGAGCGUCGUCGCACACUCCAUGGGUGGCCUCGUCGCUCUGAACGCCCUCUGCCGGACUGACAAGCCAGAAAUCUUUCGUUCUCUCGUUUUUGCCAGCACGCCCUUUCUUGGGACAGCAAACAUCCUCGGGCCCUUUCGCUUUGGCGAUGCGGCCUUGUUCAAUGACACCGUCUGCUCCCCAAGAGCGACAUUCAGCUUCCGCUCCAGUUUCUACCUCCUGCCUACGGAUCCUGACGGGGGCAGGUGCUUUGAAGAGGAAGACGGCCAGCCCCACGAUGUCGACUUUCUGGACCCAGCGACGUGGGAUGAGCUCGGUCUGAGCCCGUGCGUGAGGAUCGGCGGGAGAUGUCUGCUGACGCAGGCAAACGACCGGCAACCGGGCGAGAGGGUUGGCAGGCACGAAGAGAAUUUGACAAAUGGCUCGGUGCCCAAUCAAGUCGACAACAAGAGCGGGGAGCAGGGGCUGGAACAGCAAGGGUACGAGGAUAGGGCGCAGAACGUGCCCGCUUUCCCUGGACCCGAUCUUCAGAUGAUGCCGUCGUCGUCGUCGGCAGACUCGUCGUCCUCUCCUUCAGGUAUGCCUCGGACGAUGCAGGAUGUUGCGAGCUCCUCGGUCAUGGAUGCCGCGCUGGGUGCGGCUCAAAAAGGCCACCAGAUCGUGUCUGGCACAGACACCGACAAUCAACAGACGCUUCAACCUGCCAACCGGCGCGAAAGCGGCACCAAGAAGUCAUCCCAAGAUGUGAAGGAGGAAGACCGCGACAGCGCUGAUAACGUCGAUGCUCAGGAUGAUGAGGCCAGGGCUUCAUGGGUCUACCUGGAGAGGACGCUGGCCGAGACGAGGCAGUUCUUUGACGAGCUCAAGAACGGCUUCAAGGAGGACCGCUUCGAUCAGGGUCGGUACCCACCUAUGGCCAUCCUCACUUCAGGUAGGACCCCCACGGUGCGAGGUGCCCUCGUCAAUCCACGACCACCCGGACAAGAGGAAGACGAGGACUUCUGGAAGCAGAGCGCAAGGGCGGGCGACUACUCGCGGAUGCUCUAUGCACCGGGCGAUGGCGUUAUUCUUCGUCGCAGCUCAACAACGCUGCCGGGCCAGUGGAGCAAGCUGCUAGUCAGAGGCCACCACAAGGGCGACGUCAGGGCCGAUCACUUGCAGCACGAAGAUGGCCUGACAAACGACGAGGGCGUAGUGGAGACAAGUCAUCGUCAUGUCACGUUGCUUUCCGACGUAGACGGGGUGGGCAGGGCGCUCGAGGCCUGUCGGGUGGCCAGGCUCAAGGGCAUGUUUGUACUGUGAUAGAGUCUGCAUCAAGUAUGGAAUCAAAUUGCAACAUCAGGUUACAAGGGCUUGUUACCGGCAUGCAAGUGCAAUCCAGUCCAAGAGGCUGAAGUUGAUGCGAAUAUUUGUUCAUGGUUGUCUAUCCAGUCAGGGCCCAAAAGAAAAAUCACAAACCUCCACCUCGGUUGAGGAAGAAGCACCUUUUUGGUGGAGAGGUGUUCAUGGUAC